UCCUCCGGUCCCGCCCUGUCCCCGGACACGCACAAGCAGCUCUUUAUUUCCCAGCCCUGAUCCCGCCAGACCCAGCGGGGAAAGGUCACCGUAGGCAGCCCACUGCCUGCGCCCUGGGGGUGGUGAUAAUAACAGCUGUCACCGAGGUAUGGGCGGGGGGUAGAGAGAGGUGUCGGCCCCGCGCCGAGCCGGGGGCGCAAGGUGGUCGCAGUGACGCGCCAGGGAAGCGCAGAGAAGCAGCGGCGGCAGCGGCUGCGUCUUCCGAGCCCGGGGCGGCGGCCGUGGAGCGCGGAGCUGUCCGUUCAGCACCACCGCGCGGCGCCCAGCGCAGGGCGAGAGCCAGGGCACACCCGCUCUGCUCCCGCCCCGGCUCCCCCGGCGCCUGCGGCACGGUCUCCGGCCUCUCUCGGCGGGUGAGGGGCGCGCGGAUCCGGAGAGGGGGAUCCGCGAGCGGGGGGACCACGCGGCCACCUGUGAGCCUUCCGCAGCUGCGGGCGGCGGCCACGGCGUGCCCGGCCCGAGACAGGAGGAGACGCUCGGCGGCCCUCGCCUGCCAGCCCGCCGGGCGCACACAGGGGCGCACACACUCGCACCCGCGCAUGCACCGCUAGCAGGCAGCGGCCACCGCCGCGAUGCUCGCCCGUAGGUCGGGGAAGUUUCCCGCCGGCCACGGCCGCGGGCGCCCGUGCUCCCAGGUGUAGCGCCCCCGCGCGGCGCAGGCGGCCGGCGCCUCAAGCAUGACCGGCCAGAGCCUGUGGGACGUGUCUGAGGCCAACGUCGAGGACGGGGAGAUCCGCAUCAACGUGGGCGGCUUCAAGAGGAGGCUGCGCUCGCACACACUGCUGCGCUUCCCCGAGACGCGCCUGGGCCGCCUGCUGCUUUGCCACUCGCGCGAGGCCAUUCUGGAGCUCUGCGAUGACUACGACGAUGUCCAGCGGGAGUUCUACUUCGACCGCAACCCCGAGCUCUUCCCCUACGUGCUCCAUUUCUAUCACACCGGCAAGCUUCACGUCAUGGCCGAGCUGUGCGUCUUCUCCUUCAGCCAGGAGAUCGAGUACUGGGGCAUCAAUGAGUUCUUCAUUGACUCUUGCUGCAGCUACAGCUACCAUGGCCGCAAAGUGGAGCCCGAGCAGGAGAAGUGGGACGAGCAGAGUGACCAGGAGAGCACCACCUCUUCCUUCGAUGAGAUCCUUGCCUUCUACAAUGACGCCUCCAAGUUCGAUGGGCAGCCCCUCGGUAACUUCCGCAGGCAGCUGUGGCUGGCGCUGGACAACCCCGGCUACUCAGUGCUGAGCAGGGUCUUCAGCAUCCUGUCCAUUCUGGUGGUGAUGGGGUCCAUCAUCACCAUGUGCCUCAAUAGCCUGCCCGACUUCCAAAUCCCUGACAGCCAGGGUAACCCUGGCGAAGACCCUAGGUUCGAAAUUGUGGAGCACUUUGGCAUUGCCUGGUUCACGUUUGAGCUGGUGGCCAGGUUCGCUGUGGCCCCUGAUUUCCUCAAGUUCUUCAGGAAUGCCCUAAACCUUAUUGACCUCAUGUCCAUUGUCCCCUUUUACAUCACUCUGGUGGUGAACCUGGUGGUGGAGAGCACACCUACCUUAGCCAACUUGGGCAGGGUGGCCCAGGUCCUGAGACUGAUGCGGAUCUUUCGCAUCUUAAAGCUGGCCAGACACUCCACCGGCCUACGCUCCCUGGGGGCCACUUUGAAAUACAGCUACAAAGAAGUAGGGCUGCUCUUGCUCUACCUCUCCGUGGGGAUUUCCAUCUUCUCUGUUGUGGCCUACACCAUUGAAAAGGAGGAGAACGAGGGCCUGGCCACCAUCCCUGCCUGCUGGUGGUGGGCUACUGUCAGUAUGACCACAGUGGGGUAUGGUGAUGUGGUCCCCGGGACCACGGCAGGGAAGCUGACUGCCUCUGCCUGCAUCUUGGCAGGCAUCCUGGUGGUGGUCCUGCCCAUCACCUUGAUCUUCAAUAAGUUCUCCCACUUUUACCGGCGCCAAAAGCAACUUGAGAGUGCCAUGCGUAGCUGUGACUUUGGAGAUGGAAUGAAGGAGGUCCCUUCGAUCAAUUUAAGGGACUAUUAUGCCCAUAAAGUUAAAUCCCUCAUGGCAAGCCUGACGAACAUGAGCGGGAGCUCACCAAGUGAACUCAGUUUAAAUGAUUCCCUACAUUAGCCAGGGGAACUUGUCGCCCUCCACCCCACAUUGCUGAGAUGCCUCUUGUGCCGCUGGCACAGCCCAGGCACCUUGUGGUUAUGGUGUAAGGAGUAUGCCCAGCCCCAGAGGGGAGAGAUGCAUGGGAUAUGCACCCAGAUUUCUUUUACAGUAUUUAGAAUCGUUUUUAGAGGGUGGUGUGUCUGACACCAUGCCUUUGCACCUUUCCAUGAAAUGAUACUCACUGGUCUUUGCAUUGUGGACAUAAAAUGUUCACCUUUUUGCCAGAUGAGUACACCCAGAAUGCUAAUUUUUCUGUUCAUCGUGUACACUAUUCUAGUGCUUGUGGCCCAGUACUGUCUGUGAGUUGUCAUGAUCCUGUUUCUGAGGUUGUCGUUGUGAGUUCUGUACAAAAAGCGCCCACAAGUCUGUCCAGUGGAAAUGCAUCUAUGAGAUCAGCAAGGAUAUCAUGAGAUUUUGCUCACAGUCACGUGAAAACAAAAUCUCAGCUCUGUAUCCAUUGCUUUCAUUUAGUUUUAAUACCAAAACAAAGAGAAUGCAAAAUUAAGCACACUUGACCAAUGCAAGUCUGUAAGUCGUUUUUAUAAAUGAUCUGUGGUUCCAUGACUUGCAUGGGUGCACCCAUCAUCUUUAGAACAAUGUACACUGAUGUUCAUCUCAUAAAUGUCACUCUUUAGAGAAUGUUACUUAGUUAGACAUGUAGUGAAGAUGGAAAUUUUUUCCCAAGAACAGAUACGUUAGGGAGAAGGGCUUCAGCUAAAUAGUCCAAACCCCAGUGUGGGUAAGGCCCAGUCAGUGCAGGCUGAGCCCCUUGGUUGAUGGUCAAGCCUCCGUGUUUCCUAGGGUGACUGCAGAGACAUGUAUUUCUGGUCAAGGUUGCUGAACUAGGCCAUUUGACCACACUUUUCUGUGUCUAAGAUAUUAGCAUGUUUUUGAAAUAUUUAUUUUUUAAGAUGUUUAGGAGUAAGGUCAUGUUGUCUUCCUCAACUAAAAAGAAGUUCCCUGUUGUAUCGUCUCCCUGAGGUGAACAUGGUUGGGUUGCUAGCAAGGGCAGUAGCUUAAAUACUUUUGUUGCCUGCUCUGAAAGCUCAUCAAAUGAGAGCCCUUUUAUUUCCAAGCAGAAUUUACUCAGAUCAUUUUGCUUCUAGGAUAUAUAGUAUGUUGUGGAUGAUGCUGUGAUUGCCCUGGAGUUCCUGCCAUGGCAUGGAAACCUAGUGGUAUAGAAGCAUGUACUCAAAAUACAGACGUGCAUGAAGGCGGUGUGGCUUACCCAGAAUGGAAAUGCGCAGUUCUUAUGUGCAUUGCAACUGCCUUUUAUUGGGAGAGAGUGGGUAGAGACCAGGAGAAAGGAAAGAGUUGUAAAACAAAACACUGCUACUUCAUAAAAUAUCAUAAAAAAUUGUAAACUUGAAAAGCUUUAUUCCAUGUUAUUCAAGACCUUUGAGCUUAUAAACUUGUAUUGAAGGGAGAUGACUGUUUCCUCCUCCAAAA